AUGAAUUUAACUUCGGGUGUUACUGAGGUAACUGGACAGUCACAGAAUAGUGAUAUUCCAGAAAUAACGGUAUCAGUUGUUGACGUAUCCGAUUCCGUAGUAGAGAAUCUCAAUAAUAAAGUUGGACGAGCAGUUACCUGUGAUAACGCACAUAAUGAUAAUACCAACUACAAGUCAUCAGAAAAUAAGGAAAUGGAUGCUUUCUUGAAUGAGGUGCAUAAGAAAAAGGUUAGCGACGCAAUUAAGCAGAGAAAUCGGGAAAAAAAACUUCAAGCUCAAGAUCUCAACUUAGUUACUCAAUCAUGCAAUAGUGCAACAUCCGAAGCAUCAGCUACAAAUAUUCCGAAAUCCUCUCAUUCAGAUAGUAAUGAAAUUAUUUCCCAAGACGAAACUGGUAAGAUACGUAAGAAAACGGGAGUAGAACAUAAAAAAGGUGAGGGAUUAGAUAAGCUUAAACAUGAAUUGUUCGCCUCGGAAACAUCACAGGAACCAUCAAUAGAACAAAAUCUUGUGAACGAAAUUUCCGAGACAUUACGUCCUGGAAAAAUUACCUCUGCUAACAUAUCUAGUAUUGAUGAGGCCUCACAACAUUUAGCUCAGUUAUGUAAUAAAGCUUUUGAUGCUAAAGAUAAAGCAAAUCAAGCUAAUUAG